UUUUAAAAUUUUGUAACAUGGUCCAAAUUGAAAGAGCUUUACUAUGACACCUCCUCACCGUUGUGCUGUCAUCCGCGGGAACGUCUUCUGCGGUUUCCAUAGGACGUUAAAACUGCGAAAGUGUUGCUUAUACAUUUUUGACAAAAGUCUUAACUCUGACCAUUUCAUCAACACUCUCAGCUUUCACUCUCAAAUCUCUAAAUCUAAGCCCAUAAACCCUACUACCCCAUUCAAUUUCCCAUCCAGAUUUCAUAUUACAUUUCAUGUAGUGGAGCUGUUUCUCAAUUCGGAUUAACAAGAAUAAUAAAAAUGUCAUCCAUACAUCAAAGGCAGCAAUUGCAGCAGCAGCAUCAGCAGCAUCUUCUCUCGGACUCCUACCCAAUUUCGGCCCGCAGCUCGCCAAAUUGGGGAAGAUCUAUCUCCGUUUUCGGCCGAACAGGGCUCUUGGUGCUCUUGACGUUGGUGGUAGUAUUGGGUGUUGUGCUGCCAGGAAUGAGAGCGCCUGAUGGCCUGUUUGGUGGAUCCAAAGUUUCGGUUUCCAAAUGGCGAGAGUACACAUUGGAAGAGGCUGUCCCCUUUGCGGCCAAGAACGGGACUUUGAUCGUUUGUGCAGUGAGUCAGCCUUAUUUGCCGUUUCUCAAUAAUUGGUUGAUUAGCAUUUCCAGGCAAAAGCAUCAGGACAAGGUGCUGGUGAUUGCUGAGGACUAUGCCACGCUUUAUGCUGUGAAUGACAGGUGGCCUGGCCAUGCUGUUCUUGUUCCGCCUGCCCCAGAUGCUCAAGUUGCCCAUAAGUUCGGUUCUCAGGGUUUCUUUAAUUUUACUUCUCGAAGGCCUCGCCACCUACUGUACAUUUUGGAGCUUGGAUACAAUGUUAUGUAUAAUGAUGUUGACAUGGUAUGGUUGGCUGAUCCAUUUCCUUAUUUGCAAGGAGAUCAUGAUGUGUACUUCACUGAUGACAUGACUGCAGUGAAACCUUUGAACCACUCUCAUGAUUUGCCACCUCCAGGGAAAAAGGGCCGCACCUAUAUAUGCAGCUGCAUGAUUUUCAUGCGCCCCACUGAUGGAGCAAAACUGGUUAUGAAAGACUGGAUUGAGGAACUUCAAGCUCAGCCAUGGUCCAAUGCGAAGAAAUCAAAUGAUCAGCCUGCCUUUAACUGGGCACUAAACAGAACUGCAGCACAGGUGGAUCUCUACCUGCUUCCCCAGGUAGCAUUUCCUACAGGAGGAUUAUACUUCAAGAACCAGACAUGGGUGCAAGAAACAAAGGGAUUGCAUGUUAUCAUCCAUAACAAUUAUAUCACAGGUUUUGAGAAGAAGAUAAAGCGCUUUCGUGACUUUGGGCUCUGGUUGGUAGAUGAUUAUGCACUGGAGUCCCCGCUUGGAAGGAUAUAACUAGCUGAAGGAUCUUAAGGAUACCCGUCUACAGCACAGUCAUGCUUGAACCUAGCAUGAAAUGCAACCUGUGAUUAGCUCUGUCAUUUGUGAUAACACUAAUGCCAUAAAUAUUUCAAAAAAUCCGGUACAACACUCUAGGACUAAGCAUAUAGAGAUAAGACAUCAUUUUCUUAGAGACCAUGCACAAAAGGGUGACAUUACACUUGAAUUUGUAAGCACAAAAGAUCUACUUGCCGAUAUUUUUACAAAACCCUUAAGUGAAGAGCAAUUUGUUGAUAUUAGAAGACAACUAUGGGUGAUUUCUUUAUGAUCAAAUGAUUGCUUGAUGAAUUCUUGUUGA